CCAAGGAUUUCCUGGACUUUCGUACGCUGCUGUUCGGACCCGUUGCAGUAAAAGUAUGCGACCUUUGGUGCUUCUGGAUUCGCUUUUUGCUCAUCGAGAAGCUGCUGGACUAAGACGGACCUAUUGCAAGUCAGUCAAAUAACUAUCCAUUCGAUAGAAAAGGCUAACAUGAGCUUGGUCUUGCCACAACCAAGAGAGCCAUGUAAUAAAAUGGCACACGACUUGGACGAUUGUUUCCAGUCGAUGAAAUGAUGGCGUUCCAUCAACCACGAACCCGUGUCCGGCACCAAGUCUUCGUGAGCCUUGGCAUGAUGGCUCUGGACAGGGACUGUGGACAACCAUCGAAACUUUUGCUUCAUCUCUUCGCCUGUGACUGGUCAGUGUCAUCCAAAAGACUCUUCGAAAAACACCCACGCAUUCUUUCUGUUCGCAUCUCGUUGAUCUCCGCCGUCAAUCCGUCAAUGGGUUCAAGUUUCUUCAGCAUCUCUCGUGACAGUUGGCGCAGUCGCUCGAGCUCUGGAAUGAUUCAGCUUGUUUCAUGGACACCGGACGCCUGCUAUGACUCACCAUCUCUCGUCGAAUCAACACUUUCUUGGAUAUUGCUCAGCUUUCGAUCAGAGUCUUUCUUCUCUAGGCUCUGUCAGGAAACAACGACUCAAUGUGUGGUGGGCGGGAGAUCAUGCUCUCUGCAUCGAUCACUUUCAGAAUCUCAUCAAUUUCGCCGUGACCUGCUCUUACGUCUGCAAUGGGUGCCUCCACCAAGGUGCGAGAAGACCUGAACGCGCUCUCCCCGAUUCGUCCUGCAAAACAAUCAGCGCUGG